GUGACAUUUCAAAUUUAAUGUUUCUACAGUGCAAAUUCACUUUGUUUUUAAAUAUCUCCCAUCCCGGUAAUCCUAUAACAAAAAUAAUUGUUUCUGUGCCGCUGAGCACGUUUCAGGUAGUUUACACCUAAUGUGCGCUCCAGACUAAGAUCUCAUGCUAAGGAAAAUGUUGCAUUUACUGCAUAAAGGAAAAUGUUAUAUUAAUAAUAAAUGACGACUCAGUCGUUUGUAUUAUUUGUGAUAAUAUGUUGAUUCGAUGCAGUGACAAAUUAUUUGGGAAAACGGUUUUUAGAAUACGCGAGAAUGGUUUCGAUCAUUUCAACAAAAUAAAAUAAAUAAAAAAAAGAAAGGAAAUGAAAACAACACAGUGUCGCUCAGUCAAAAUCGUCGUUUAUUUUAAUUGUCAAUAGAGAAAAUGGUGCAUUCACCAUUCCAUCCCCUAACAUUUGUUCGAAAAUGAAUUGGUACUUUAAGUUACUGGCCAAUAGACCAUGGCUCGUACUUAUUGGUGUUUCCGUAUUAUGUUUGGCUGCUAUUGUAUCAGUCACAUUGAAAAGUCUUCCAGAUUUUUCGGAUCCCACAUUGGGUUUCGAGGCUAGAGGAACUGACAUUAGUCAGCGAAUAACAACUUGGCGUAAUUUACUGGAAGAAAGUCGACCAUCCGGCAGUUUAAUAGCUAACCCCAAUGACUUUCAACAGGAACAAUAUUUCAAAAAGAAAAAAGGCACCAACAACAAGAAGAAAAACAAAAAGACAAAACUGAAAACGAAAUUGAAAGUGAUCCGUGACGAAUUGUGGCCAAAGAAUGUCAGCUCCAAACUGGACAUCGAUAGUUCGGACGAAUCGUACCAUAACGUUACCGGCAACGACCGACAGUGGAACUAUGGCAAAAAUCUAUCGUUCACCAACGAUGAUGAUUAUAACAAAAAAUUGGAAAUGCGAAAUACUGAAUGGCGUUUAUUGCGCGAAAAAAAUCCGCCCGGAAUCGAGUCUGACAUUCAUACCAGGACAAAUGGAUUCUUUUGUGAAGCUCCCAACAUCGAGUACGCACAUUUUGUGGUCCAGCGAGUCAACUACAAUCUCACCGAAACGUUGUUCGAACUGAAUGCUCUGCUCGCUAUCUGCGACUUGGAAUUCAAAUUGGAGCAAAUCCAGCCGUAUCAAGAUUUGUGUGAAACAGAGAUUACGUCGAGAAAAUGCUGUAGGCCAUGGUCGUUGCCAAAUUAUAUUGCACUGAUUUCGAACAAAACAUCGUGCUUUGACAUUGAGGAAGACGACGUUCAGCAAGCACGAAUCUUAAUCCAAGAAUGCUACAUCUAUUACCAAACAAUGAAGUUGAGCAAUGAUUGUAACAAAAGGAAGUGUCGUGUACCUGUUGAUUGUGAACAGAAUAACGCUGUGUACAAUAUUCUACACUACCUCAUUGACACUGGAUCAGUUAAAGAGAACAACUCUGAUGUGUUCGUUGCUGCUUCCAUGGUAUUCGCACCAAUCGCAAAAAGUACAAAAGCUUUACCUCUCUAUUACAACAUUCAAAAAUCAUCGCUUUCCAAUGAAUUGGUUUCUGUCGUGGCGAUGGACAUGGGCCUGAAAAACAUUCUUUUCGACGAGUGUCUACGCAUUGACGGAUGGCUUAUUGGACUCGGUUUUUUAUUCGUCUUGGCGUGCAUUUGGCUGUACACUAAAUCACUCAUUCUUGCGCUGAUGACCAUGUGUGCCAUUAUAUUCUCACUGGGGCUCGCCUACUUCAUUUAUUCGAUGGUAUUCAAGCUGUCAUUCUUUCCAUUUAUGAAUCUACUGGCUGUGGUGGUAAUUGUCGGCAUCGGAGCCGAUGACGUUUUCAUCUACGUCACAAUGUGGAAUUGGGCCAUUGCCGAACGGAUCAGAUUGAAGUCAUUAACGCUUCCCAUUGCGUCAACCACAUCCAUAUCGUCGGACAGUUCGUACUCCGAAUCUCUGAGUGGCCUAAUAGCCCUAACAUUACGACAUGCUGCACUGUCCAUGUUCGUCACAUCGCUUACAACUUCAGUCGCAUUCUAUACAAAUCUUUUGAAUUCCAUUACAGCCGUGCGAUGUUUCGGAACAUUUGCUGGAACCGUUGUCAUGUGUAAUUAUGUUCUAAUGAUCACCUGGCUCCCGGCAUCGGUUUCGUUUGUGGAACGUUUGUCAUGCUGUUCGCAGGAGCUUUGCAAUAAGCCGGCCGAUUUGUUUUUUACGUUUAUCAAAAAUGUCACCGCUACCGUUAAACAUUUCGUAAUUGCUGCUGUUGCCCGAAUGCCAUACAUCUGGGUGUUGCUAUUGGGAACGCUUGGUAUUAUGAGCGGUGUAGCCGUUUUCUAUUGGCCAAAACUUCAAUUACCCGACACGCCCGAUUUUAAAGUAUUCACCGACGAUCAUCCGUUCGAAAUCUACGACAGUCAAUUCAAAAAUAUGUUUUGGUUCGAGAAAACGUAUACGGAUUCUGAGACAUUCAAGCUACUCAUCCGAGUUGUAUGGGGAGUAAUACCGAUCGACAAUGGCAACUAUUUCGAUCCGACGUCGCGCGGUACACUCCAUUUUGACAACGACUUCAACAUGUCUUCCAUUGAGUCACAGUUGUGGCUACUGAAUUUUUGCAAACAAUUGAAGCAACAACCAUUCUACCAACCGAGUUCCGUGUCGACAAUACUGCCGAAUUGUUUUAUAGAAAAUUUUAUUCGCACCAUGGAGCGCCGGUGCUUGGAUGACAUGAGUGGACUAGAUCGAACACCUUGCUGUGAAACGUCGGUUUUUCCAUAUAAGCCGCAUGUGUUCGACGAAUGUUUGCCGCAAAUUAUAUCAAGUUUGUACGAGUCGCCGAGGUAUAUUUUUAUACCGGGAAUUGCCGGACCGAAAUUUGGACGGACCAGUACGUUUCAAUCGACAAUAACCAAUAAAACGACACCGCUAGUCAAAGCAUUAGUCGUCGAAUACGAGAGCACUCAAUCGUAUACUCAAUCCUUCACCGUGGUAAAGGAAUUCGUUGCAACUGUGGAGGAAUGGUUAAGCGAAAUCAUGGCAACAGCUCCGAAUGGGAUGCAAAAUGCUUGGUUCAUCAGCGAUUUACAAUUUUUCGAUUUACAACAGACUCUGUCGAAAGACACCGUGAUAUCCAUUACGAUUGCUAUGGUCGUUUCGUUCUUUGUCCUACUGCUCGUCACCUUCAACGUAUUGCUCAGUUUCUACGCAAUUCUCACAGUGACAUUGACCAUUUUCACAAUAGUCGCUGUAUUGAUUCUGAUGGGCUGGAAGCUAAACGUUCUCGAGUGCAUAUCCAUUUGCUCGGCAAUCGGACUAUCGAUCGACUUUAGUCUGAUUUACAGCGUACACUAUCGCCUAUCCGGCGAGUCGGAUCGCAAAUCAUCCACACGUGCGGCACUAUCGCAAAUGCUCGGUCCGACAUUAAUGGUAGCAUUAACGACGGCAUUUGCGGGCGUAUUUAUGUUACUAUCCGAUGUUCUGGCAUACAUUCAACUCGGCAAAUUUCUUAUCAUUGUCAUGUCAAUCAGUUGGAUAUUCGCGACAUUCUUUCUGAUGAGCCUGCUGUACAUAUGCGGUCCGCAGCACGAAUGCGGUCAGUUUAAGCUGCCGAGUUUCGAUAAAAGCGACAAGCAUAACGCCAAAAAUCACCUGAACCGCAACAGUCGAAUGUCCGCUCAGGGUCUGGCCACCGAACAAUUAUUAUCGGCAUCAAGUUCGGCGGCUGGUGAACUAGUCGGUUCGGAAUCGCAUGAAUUGAGUUCGCUGACAUCGAAUUCGAUAGUGAAGCCAGCCACGCUGGAAACGCGACCGAUCAAUUUCGAUCGGGCAUUUAAGGCGAAAGUGGCGAUGAAAGAGAACAGUCCCACAUCGACGUUAACGGUUGAUGGUGAUUUGGAUGAUGUAACAUUGACGUAUUAGGUAGAUACGAUACAAGUGAGUGAAACAAAACGUAGUUUUUAAGUAAUUAAGAGUUCCAUAACAUGUAACUUGACGGCCUAUUUCCAUAUUUCAAUUUUAAGUUAACAUAAAAGGACAACUCGACAACAAAUUAUUGGAUCUCAAAUGAGGAAAUGAACAAAACAUUUUAACGGUUAAGAUAAAAAGAAUUUUUAAUUUUCACAACGACAAUAAUUUAAUUAUUGAUUUUAAUUGCGAAAUGAACUUUCCAUUGAGCAUUUUCGUUCGCAUUUUCAAGAAAACAAUUUAUGGAAAUUGGUGAAAAAAUAU